GAAACCUCAGCAGACAGUGUUUGAUUUGUCUUACGGAAAGGUCUGGUUUCGCUGUGAAGCUGAGUUAUCUUCUGUUUCUCUAAUUGCCUUUAUUCAUUUAGUUAUUUUGUCAGUUAGGUAGUUGGUGUUUUGAAAGUGGGCCUUGAGGUUCAGCCCUGUACCACGUCUCUGUGUGCCUGAACUUUUACAAGCGGUUCUGUUUGUUUCCGUGGUGCUGCAGUGAGGUUUGGUGCCUGCUCAUUUUCAUGACGUCACCACCUCCUGCCUUCUUCCUGUGCAGCGGCUCCUUCACGUGUCUAGAGAGCCUUUCUUUCCCUGUUCUGCUUCCUUUGUGCCUUGAAGGAUUCUUUGAGAACGAGAUGGUUCUCCCUUGUUGAUUUUGGGUGACCGGUGCAUGUCAUGCUCAUUUUCCCCUUGAUUUAUAGUCCAUGAAUUUCUUUUGCACACAGUGAGUCUGUUGAAAGCACCGCAGCUACAGUCUGACCUGAGAAGAGGCUCCGGAGGACGUGGGCUGACCCCCGUGCGCAGUCCUCGCUGACACGGGUCCUCUGGUUCCUGACUUCCCUGUUGCCUCCAUUUCCGCGGUAGUUUGUCACCACUCACCUGGUUCAGCCUCGUCACUCCAUUCGUCUGUGGGCUCCCUUGGCUGGCUGUCUCUGUCUAGGACGUCCCUGAGUGUUUCUGGAGUGUGGUUUGGUCACAGACACCCUAAGGUCCAGUGUGUCAAGGAAAAAGCUUCCUUUUGGUGCCAUUUCCACAAACAGCUUUGCAGAGUUUCUUAGCGUGUGUUUCUCUUUGGGGCUCAGGCUUUAUCCCUCUUCCUUAGGCAAAACAAACAUCAAACAGCAAAAAGAGAGCAAGACAGUAAGAAGGAGGGAAAAAUAAAUGAAAAACAAAAAAAAAAUCAAUGGGAUGGAAAAGACACGAGACAGACAGUUGUCCAGCCCUCCCUCCCGCGUGACUGCGCCGAGCUCUCACCAUAUCUGGUUGGUGCGCAGGGCGUGUCUAGCCUCCCAUCUUCUCUGGACCCGCACAGCCUCCCGGGACAAGGGUCAGCUGGGUGGCAUUUGCAAAGGCAUCGUCCCACCUGGAGGGAGAGCUCACAGCAGCAUCUUGGGGUGGGGGAUCUGGCAGAAGUGACAGGGGAAGGGGAGGGAGGCAGCCAGCAUCCAGGUGGAGGCUGUGCAGUGCUGGGCGGGAUUGUUGUGUCCCUGCAGCCCAGAGAGGGUGCAAUUAGGGGAGAAGCUGAGGCUCCAGGAACAAAGGAACAAGCAGAGUGGGAAAGUAGGAAGUCAGAGCAGGAAGACAGCAGAGCCGUGCGUGUGGCGGGCCUGCCGGGAACCGGGUAUAAAUGCAGCUCGGGGUGGAGGCCCAGACCUCACCAGCACCUCCUGCCAGCCACAGCCACCUCCUCUCCCUCGUCCGCCAUGUGCCACACCAGCUGUUCCCCGUGCUGCCAGCCGGCCUGCUGCGGGUCCAGCCCCUGCCAGGCUGCCUGCUGCGUGCCCGUGAGCUGCAAGCCUGUCCUGUGCCUGACCCCAUCGUGCCAGUCCUCGGGGUGCUGCCAGCCGUCGUGCCAGGCCUCCGUGUGUGUGCCCGUAUGCUGCAGGCCAGCCGUGUGCGUGGUGCCCUCCUGCCAGUCCUCGGGGUGCUGCCAGCCGUGCUGCCAGAGCUCCGUGUGCUUCCCCGUGAGCUGUGGGCCCUCCUGCCAGUCCUCGGGGUGCUGCCAGCCCUCCUGCCCCACCCUCCUCUGCAACCCUGUCUGCUGUGGCACCUCCUCCUCCUGCUGCUGCUGACCUCCUCCUGCUGCGGCUGCUGAACUCCCAUCUCCGUGUCCACUCUCCGGGACAUGGGACAGGGGACCGCCACUAUGUACCUCCCGGGCCCAUGUGGUCCCGCAUUGUGGCAGACAGGAAUCCUACUGGACUGAGCUGCUGGACUCUGAGCUAGAACCCAGCAAGGGGCUCCAGAGCCUCCCUUUCCCUCUCCCAACGCAAAGGAUGCUCCUCUCCUUAGUAUCCAACCACUGCCCCAUGGGAGCCAAAUAAAUCCACUUUGCCAGUG